AGAAAGUACAAGCUGAGAUCGAUAGAGUAAUUGGCCAAUCACAGCAGCCCAGCACCGCUGACCGAGAGCACAUGCCCUACACCAAUGCCGUCAUCCAUGAGGUUCAGAGAAUGGCCAACAUCCUCCCCAUGAAUGUGCCCAGGGUAGUGACGUUUGAUACCACUGUGGCUGGAUACUACCUGCCAAAGGGGACCAUGGUCCUGACCAAUCUGACUUCACUGCACAAGGACCCUGCACAGUGGACCACCCCUGACACAUUCAAUCCAGAGCAUUUUCUGGAGAAUGGAGAGUUUAAGAAAAGGGAAUCCUUUCUGCCCUUUUCAAUAG